UGGAAAUGUGUCUCCGUGGCGCACAGCUCCAUGUCUCCUGUGCUGUCAGAGUUAGUUUUUAGGAAGUUGAGAUGAAGACGAGCCGCAGGUCCAGGAACCUCCUGUCGGUCGGCCUGAACUUCCUCGCCCUGCUUUUCGCCGUGACAGCGUUCACCACCACGUUUUGGUGCGUGGGGACGCAGAGGGUCGCCAAGCCCAAGUGCACCAAGCUGCGCACGCACCAGUGCAUCGACUACGGGGUGAACGAGACGGACCCCAACAAGGUGGUGUACAGCUGGGAGACCGGCGACGACCGCUUCCUCUUCAGACAGUUCCACACCGGCAUCUGGCUGUCCUGCGAGGAGAACAUCCACGACGAGAGUGAGAGAUGCAGAAGUUUCAUUGAUUUAGCACCUCCAUCAGAGAAAGGGAUGCUUUGGCUCUCGCUGGUUUCUGAACUGUUAUACAUUGUUCUGCUAUUGGUCGGCUUCAGCCUCAUGUGUAUGGAGAUGGUCCACUCCAGCAACGUCAUUGAUGGCCUGAAGCUCAACGCCUUCGCUGCUGUCUUCACAGUGCUCUCAGGUCUUCUUGGCAUGGUGGCCCAUGUGAUGUACACACAGGUCUUUCAGGUCACUGUCAGCCUCGGCCCACCUGAUUGGAGACCAUACAACUGGGACUAUGGGUGGUCUUUCUGUAUGGCGUGGGCAUCCUUUACCUGCUGCAUGGGCGCAUCUGUCACAACCCUCAACUCUUAUACUAAGACCGUCAUUGAGUUCAGACACAAACGCAAGACCUUUGAGCAAUCCAUCCGAGAGGACCACUCAAGGGAAGCUUAUGGAUAUUACCGGGAUCAUUCCUUGCACUCCAUCUCUAAAUCAGUGGAUGUUUACUCCAGCCAGUCACUAAAAAGUGGCAGAAAGACUCCCAUACCUGCUACUUCCUUGGACUUCAGUGACUUUGCAGCAUCUUUGGGGGAGGAGCAGUGCUGAUUGAGACAAAACAGUUGAUGUUUCUCUCAGCGUGGCAUCGUGGUGGACAAAGAUACUUUUGACUAUACCGAGUUCAUGUUCACAAUAAGGUGAACACCUCUGAGGAGUCGCAGAUCAUGUUGUCAGCUCCAUCGAUGCAUUUCAGCACUGCCUUAACUGAUGCAGGGAAUGGAGCAUCUACAGUAACUGGGAAUCUGGACUGGGAACUUGAAGAAGCAGACAUUCCAUGAAACUCAUGGAUGAAUGUGUAUGUCUGUUUGUGAAACUUACAGUAUGUAGAAUUAAAGAAAACAAUGAGUACAGUCAUAAAAAUAGAGUGGUGUAUCUCAGUUGAAAACAGCCUUAUUGAUAAAGAUCCAAUCAGAUGAGCAAUACAGUGACAAAAUGAGACUGUUUAAAUGGGUCUUCAUUGUUGUUGAACUACACCAUAAAUGCUGAAAUUCUGGUGCCUAUCAACAGUAUACUAAUUGUAAAUAAGGUGUGGAGUAAAUUUGUGCGAAGAAUGGUUGUAGGAAAUUAUGUUUUUUCUUUUGGAUGUUAAAAAUGACUUGGGACCUUUAAAGUAUUAGCGACAGACUUUUUUUUUAAACAGUAUUUUUAUUCAGGCAAAAUACAAAGUUCCAUCACUAAAGCAUCACAAGCCAACAUUUUCAAGGUUGAGUGGCCCAUUAUGGACACGUUAGC